AUGAUCACCACCGCGCCCGCCCGCGCCAAUCAAGCCUGCAGGCGCUGCUACAACCGCAAGAAGAAGUGCUCCAGGACCCUCCCGCGAUGCCAGGCAUGCGAGCACUCGGGUGUGCAGUGCAGCUUCGAGGAGCAGCAGGAAGAGACCGGCUUGUUCUACAUCUCCUACGUUCGUGGGUUGGAGCAGCGCGUAGCUCGGCUUGAAGCACAGCUUCGCGACCCCUCUUCCACCAGCCCAAACCUGUCCGUGGCCACUCCCAUUGAGCCCAGUCCGCCCGUACUGCCAGACCAAGACCAGCCACGGUCGGUUGCCGUCCAGUCGGACAGGGCAACGGAUGCUUCAAGCGCCCUGGGCCAAGGGUCUCGAAUCAGUACCAAGGACGAGCGCGGAGACCAACUGGCGUCCGAGCUAAAACAGCUGUCGUUGGAGGCUACUGCCGACAGAUAUCUGGGUUCCUCUUCUGGUGUCUCGUUUGCGCGCUUGACUCAGGCAGUCUUGCGUCGCUUGAAGCCUGAUCAGCUUCCCUUCAGCUUCGAAGUCACCCAACAAGACCAGCCCUCCGAGAACGACAUUUCAAUCGCUGCUCCGAACAACGCGCCUGGGAAUGAGUCAUCAGCUCUGCAGUAUCCAGCUUGUCUACCGCCCAGGGAGCAAGCAUUUCGCCUGGCCGAGUUUUACUGGUCACAUACGCAUACGUUAUACCCCUUUGUCCGGAAAGUGUGGUUCAUGGAACGGCUCAAAUCAAUGUAUUCUGUGACAGAGCCCCAGAGUCUGGAAAGCUGUGGGCCGUGGCUCUAUACCAUGUGGAUGGUCUUUGCAAUUGGAUCCACGACCUGGUCGGCAAUCGUCCCCGAUGGGUCCGAGUCCGAGUCUGUCCGAUUCUUCAACAAUGCCAUGACCUAUUUCUACAGAGCCUUGUCAAGCGGCAAUAUGGCUGCUCUGGAUGCCCUGCUUCUGCAAGUCUCGUACUCCUUCUUCAACCGUGUUGGUUCCAACACGUGGUACUUGGUGGGCUCCGCCAUCCGCCUUGCCGUUGGCACGGGACUUCACACGGCACCGAACGACAGCACUCGGCAACUGCCCCUCGACGUACAAGAAUACAGGAAGCGCCUUUUCUGGAGUCUGUACAUGAUGGACAGAGUCGUUUCCAUUUCUCUUGGCCGGCCUUUCGGAAUCUGCGAUGACGACAUCGAAGUCGCCAUCUUCACCGAGGUCGAUGAUGAGAAUAUCCUGCCCGAUAGGAUCCUACCACAACCUCCGCUCAAGGCGUCCGAAAUGGCCGUACCGCUGCACAUACUGUCCCUGAGAAGAAUCGCUGGCGAAAUAUUCGAACAGGUGUAUUCAAACAAGAAUCGGUACCUGCCUCCUGCUGAUCGUGAUGAGAUUCUCGGCGCGCUUCAUGCCAAGUUGGUUGAGUGGCGCCGCACGAUGCCCUUCCCCUUGCCUCAAACGCGGAUACUGCAAGUUCCCCACACAAGUACGGCCUGGUACGACCUCAAUUACUACACGCAUCUCAUCAUGCUCUACAGGCCAUCUCCGCUGUGUCCUGUCCUCACCUUGGAGAAAGUCCACUUGAUUGCAGAAGCAUCCGCAAUGGCAAUCAGGCAGAUUGAAGCCAUGCACCAUGACCAACGAUACGCCUUCAACUGGCUCAACCUGUUCAAUGUCUUUACCAUUACUCUUACCCUCAUUUACUCCAUCACGGCGCAGCCAGAAGCUCUCUCUACAUAUUUACAAAGAUCCGAUGCUCUGAAGGAUCUCGAUAGAGCAAGCAGCGUUCUUGAAAAUUUCUCUACCAAGUUUCCGACUGCUCUGAAAUGCCGCGCUAUUGUUCACGAUGUUUCGCAGAGAUUGAGAUCUCAUAUGAGCCCUGAUGACAUGACUGACUCCGACGGUAACGAUUCAGGUCUUCGAGCCGAUAAGCUCUUGUUGAGCGCACCUCCAGGCGGACUACACUUGGCACCUGAUGGUUCGCAGAUGGAUGAGAUAUCGUUCCCAUCCUUUGCCACGGGCAAUCUGUCAUUCGACGAGCUCCAGAACCAGGUAGCCGGUACAGGGUACUCGCCGGGAGCCGGCAGCGCUGUGGGUGACUCCCAAAACACUGCCUCGGCCAUGUCGGACAGCGGAUUGCCUCCAGAUUUUCGUUUAGCUGCGACGACGACUCCAUUUGGAGACGCCGCCGCACAGUUCAUGGCAGCCGGCAUAGGCACGGGUGAAACAGCUGGUAUGGAUCUGGAUGAGGAAUUCAUGAACCUUCUUGGCGGCAAUUUUGAAUCAUGA